GCAUUCCUUAUUACAUCAUCAUCUCACCCGAUGGAUAGGCAAACGAGUGGAUAACUCCUCGCUCUCCUCCUCUCUCACUCUCUGCAGCAGCAGCAGCCCACCAUCUCAUUAACAAAUUUGCCUCUCUCGCCAACAAUGUCCGCCUCCACUUCACUCUCCUUCUUCUCCUCCUCUCUUUUCCUCUCUUCUUCUCACAACAAAAUCCCCAAAUUGACCUCAUUAUCCACUACGAAACCCCAAUAUUCCCUUAAAUCCCUCUCCAUUUCUUGCCAAGUAGCAACCCUUCCAAUCCUCUCUUUCACCGGGGAAAAAAUCGGCGAAACUUACUUAGACCUCAAGUCAGCGCCACCCGAGACCGCUCGUGCUGUCGUUCACCGAGGAAUCAUCACAGACCAACAAAAUAAGCGACGUGGCACUGCCUCAACUCUCACCCGCGGUGAAGUUAGAGGCGGUGGCAGAAAACCCUACCCUCAAAAGAAAACGGGGCGAGCUCGCCGUGGGUCCAUGCGCAGCCCACUUCGCCCUGGUGGUGGCGUGAUAUUUGGGCCCAAGCCCAGAGACUGGUCCAUUAAGAUAAACAGGAAGGAAAAACGGCUAGCCAUGUCGACGGCUUUAUCAAGUGCUGCGAGUGAGAGCGAGAGCGUGAUUUGUGUUGAGGAAUUUGGGGAUAAAUUUGAGAAGCCGAAGACGAAGGAGUUUAUAGAAGCAAUGAAUCGGUGGGGAUUGGACCCGAAAGAGAAAGUUAUGUUUUUGAUGAUGGAUGUUAGUGAUAAUGUGGGAUUGUCGAGCAGGAAUAUUGGGACUUUGAGGAUGUUGACGCCCAGGACUUUGAAUUUGUUCGAUAUUUUGAAUUCGGAUAAGUUGGUUCUUACGCCCGAUACUGUGGAUUAUUUGAAUGGUAGAUAUGGAGUUGAUUUUGAAGUAGAGACCGACGAAGACGAUGAAGAGGAUGAUCAAGAUGAAACUGAAGGUUAAAUUGAUGGCAAUGUGGUUAUUUACGUUGUUUUUUUGACACAGAAGGAAAUGAAAAUGCUGAUGCAGCAGACUGAUGGUGAAGAAUUUUCUAACCACCUUGACCUUGGAUCAUUGCCCUUCAUAUAACCAUGAAGAUGGUCUCUGUUGUGCUGAAGCAGACAUUUACCUGAUUUUUGGGCAGCAGAUUUAUCAUUUUGCAUGGGUUUUUUUGGGUAUCCCUUCCAUGUAUUGUUUUUCUAUCAAUUUACUCUUUCUCUUGGUUGAAAAUGUAUCUAGUUAGGCCAGUCACAUUACUUGUUAUUCUAUCCGAGUAUUGCUUUUCUGUUCA